CUUCUUUUUUUCUCCCUGUGAUUUGAAUCCUUCUCUCUUCUCCCUGUGUGUGUCAUGUGGUUAUAGUUGGCCGUUUGCAUUUUGGUGAUUAGCGAGCGAGAGCCCUGCCAGCAUCAGCAGAACCAUUGUUAUAGAGAGCACGCUUUGAUACGAUUCAGCUUCUUUUUCCACCUUGUUCCCUUUCCUCAUUAUACGCUACAUUCAAUUCCGCUUCCGCAAUGGCGGCCAUAGACUCAUCGGCGACUCACGCCAUAACCAAACCAGCCAUCCCCGUCGUCACCUCGUUCCCCUUCAACCCUCUCACCACAACCUUCUCCCGUCCCGCCGACUGCGACGGCAUCUUUGUAUCCGGCUUCCUCAGCGGAGUAGACUUUUCCAAAUCAUGCCUCCCAAAGGGCUUCCACACCGACCAGACGUCCUACUUCUCGCCGGGCCUGGCAUGUCCCUCGGGCUACUACUCGGCCUGCCACGACAACAUUGGCGCCUCGAGAAUCACGACCGUGACGUGCUGUCCGACUUUGGCCUCGGACAUAUCGCUUUCGUGCGUCACGACGAGCACGCUGGAGAGUGUCUGGUCAACGCUGUUUUGCACGUGGAUUGCGCCGGAUGGAGACGGCACGACGCUGUCCAUGACAGUGAGCGGCAAUGGCAUCACAAGCACGGUCCCGGGCGGUUUCACUGAUCCGGGGGGGUUAAACGCUUUUGGCAUCAGGAUGGUUUAUCAAAAGACCGAUACGGAGUCGACGACCAUGACGAGGACAACGACGAGAUCAACCGCAGCGACGACGGGAACAAAGCCAGCGGGAGCAAAAAACACAGGCGGCUCGGACUCUAGCGAUUCAUCUGGUGGGUUAUCAACGGGAGCCAAGGCGGCGAUUGGCGUUAUCGUGCCCGUCGUCGUGCUCGGCCUACUGGCCGGUCUCUUCUUCUGGUGGAGGAAGCGGCAGCAGUACAACAAGGUCGUCUCGGGAAACACGCCCACCGAGCUUCACGGACAAGACGCAGCGGCGCCGACGGAACUGGCGCAGUACAGCGGCCUGAUGAACAAGCCCAAACAGCCGGCCGCGGCGCCUCCAGAAGAGUUGCCGGCGCAGGAAGCUCCUGCAGUUGAGCUUCCCGCGGGGCCGAUGCACUAGAAGCUGGCUGGAUUCGUGGAGAGAUGCAAUCUUUGGUGUUUGUUUGCGUGGGAGCGGCUGUUCUUCGACUGCGGAGUUUGUAUGGGGCUUGGGCGUUUCGCGAGACUGCCUAUGAAAUGACUGGUGGGAGUUUUCUUUCUCUUCUUCUAAUACCUUUUUUUUAAGCUUGCAUGAUUUUAUGUACAUUUUUCUUUCUGAAAAAGAGGUGGGGUUUUGCUACGAGGGCAUGCCGGGGGUGUACAAUGUUCAAAUGUUGUUCAGGAGUGACUGAUGUACAGUACGCUGUAUGAGUGGACCAGGUGCCGGGGCUCUGGAAGGGCCAUUGUCUUGGAGUUGGCAUGAGCUUUGUAUAGACAAAUAGUCACAUCUAAUAUAUUGUGGGACACAAUUCUAGACAUAAUUUAGUCUUUUAUUUGUUUGG